GCAUAGAGAGAGAAAGACGGGGGCGAGUGAUGCUUUCACAAAUCAAAGCUUGAGGCUCCACAAUCCUUAUCUUGCCGAACCGUCCACAACUCCCAUUUUUGGGCAAUAACACCAGUAUCGCCCUCUUGUUGCCUCUAACCAAAUCCAUCAACCCAUAACCGUAAACCCCCAAAUGCGAAACCCCUGAUUCUCCACUCCCGCAAUCGCCACAACCCAUUGUUUUGUUUUGAAAUUUAGGUCUCUUCCUGCUGUCAUCUCUCGUAGAUUUUGCUAUUUCCUAGUUCCUGGUACUGGGUUUUGCUCUAAUUGUUCAGAAGAUUGUCAUUCGUUCAUUUCCGGUGUCGGGUUUUCAAUUCAUGGGUUGAAAGAGAGAUCUGCGCUGAUCUGAGAUUGUGCGUCAUGGAGUGGGACAGCAAUUCGGAGGAGGGCAGCGGAGGCGAGGACGAAGAGGGAUUCUUGCUCAGUGAUGGUGGUCCGCUGCCGUUCUCCGCCGGGAGUUUGCUCGAAACGGCGCCAUGUGGGUUUGUGGUGUCCGACGCUUUGGAGCCCGACUUCCCCAUUAUAUAUGUGAACACUGGGUUUGAACUCGUUACUGGGUAUAGAGCUGAGGAAAUUCUGGGUCGGAAUUGCCGUUUCCUCCAAUGUAGAGGACCUUUUGCUAAAAGAAGACAUCAACUGGUGGACUCCACUGUAGUUUCAGAAAUUCGUAGAUGCCUUGAGCUUGGGGUAGAAUUCCAAGGGGAUUUAUUAAACUUCAGAAAAGAUGGGUCUCCAUUGAUGAACAGACUGCGGCUGACGCCAAUUUAUGGGGAUGACAAAACCAUAACCCAUGUUAUUGGUAUUCAGUUCUUUACAGAAGCAAAUCUUGAUCUGGGGCCGCUUCCGGGAUCUGUUACCAAGGAGUCUUACAGAUCUUUUGACCGAUUCUCUUCUGAUCUCAUGUCUUCCCGCUCUAUUCCAUCUGGGAGUGUAAAUGCUGGUCAUGAAGUUUGUGAGAUGUUUCAACUGAGCGAUGAAGUAUUGUCUCACAAGAUACUCUCUCGGUUGACACCUAGGGACAUUGCUUCCGUUGCUUCUGUAUGUAAACGACUUUAUCAGUUAACAAAGAAUGAGGAUCUUUGGAGAUUGGUUUGCCAAAAUGCAUGGGGCUGUGAAACAACUAGGGUUUUAGAGACAGUGCCUGGGGCAAAGAGACUAGGGUGGGUCCGACUAGCUAGGGAAUUAACAACUCUUGAAGCUGCUGCAUGGAGGAAGCUAACAGUUGGAGGUGCUGUGGAGCCUUCUCGUUGCAAUUUCAGUGCAUGUGCUGUUGGGAAUCGCGUUGUUCUCUUUGGUGGUGAAGGGGUUAACAUGCAACCAAUGAAUGACACAUUUGUAUUGGAUUUAAAUGCUACUAACCCUGAAUGGCAACAUGUUAAGGUGAGCUCUCCACCCCCAGGCCGUUGGGGUCACACCCUUUCUUGUGUGAAUGAUUCCCUUUUGGUUGUCUUUGGAGGCUGUGGAAGGCAGGGUUUACUGAAUGAUGUAUUUGUAUUGGAUUUGGAUGCAAAGCAUCCUACAUGGCGUGAGAUUUCAGGAUUGGCCCCACCACUUCCCAGAUCCUGGCACAGCUCCUGCACUCUGGAUGGCACUAAGUUAGUAGUUUCAGGUGGUUGUGCAGACUCUGGAGUCCUUCUCAGUGACACUUUUCUGCUUGAUCUUGCAACGAUUGAGAAACCUGUCUGGAGAGAGAUUCCAGUUGCAUGGACCCCACCUUCUCGUUUGGGUCACUCACUCUCGGUUUAUGGAGGCAGGAAGAUUUUGAUGUUUGGCGGUCUAGCCAAGAGUGGGCCUCUUCGGUUCCGCUCCAGUGAUGUUUUUACUAUGGAUCUUAGCGAAGAAGAACCAUGCUGGAGAUGUGUAACUGGAAGUGGGAUGCCUGGUUCUGGAAAUCCAGCUGGUACAGCUCCUCCUCCUCGCCUUGAUCAUGUGGCCGUGAGCCUUCCAGGUGGCAGGAUUCUGAUCUUUGGUGGUUCUGUAGCUGGUCUUCACUCUGCAUCUCAGUCAUAUCUACUGGACCCAACUGAUGAGAAACCUACUUGGAGAAUAUUAAAUGUGCCCGGGCGCCCCCCAAGAUUUGCUUGGGGGCAUAGUACAUGUGUUGUUGGAGGAACAAGAGCUAUAGUGCUUGGAGGACAAACUGGAGAGGAGUGGAUGCUGAGCGAGCUCCAUGAGCUUUCAUUGGCGAGUUACGUUGUGUGAAUCUGAACAAAUGUAGAGGUAAGUUUACGAAUGAGGAAUUGUUGCUAGAGAAUAAACUCUACUGAAACAAAAACAACGUGAAUUGGGGAUAAGGGAUUGUAUCAGUGAUGAAUGAAACAAGGAAGUAAGACCCCUGUCAAGUAAUUCCCAUGUGGUUGUUGUGAUGUUUCUUGUGAUUUCUCCAACCUCUCGUUUUUCAAAUUAUUGUGCUGCCACUUCGGAUUCAUAAUUUGAUGGUAAGGCAUCUGUCUCUUUAUGCUCUUGUUUGUGAUGCACUUCCUUGUUCCAGGUUGUUCUGACCAGGGAUCAAUGGCAUGUUGGCUUAGUUCCUUGCUUCUUUGCGAGGCAUUUUGUUAUAUGCACUGCCAAAAAUUCUUUUGUUGGGUCAAAUGCUACUUGGUUUUAUGAAUGAUAUGGAAGGAUAAGAUCUUUAUAAGA